AUGAGUAGUACUCAAUCUAAUAUCCCCAAACAACCUUCCAAAGGUUCAGGGGAUCAUGACAAACCUCCCGAAAGUGGAGCAGUCAGUCAAGUGUCGUUAAAUCUGGCCAGUACGAGCCAUGAUGACGACCACGUGGGUCCGAAGGCAGAAUCAGAUUCUUGGUCCUUGCCAAGCCAUCUGUCUAAUCAUCUCAAUACUCAGUUCUCUACCUUCAAAAAAGAUAAUGUGUUGAAUGAGAACAUUCUUGAUGAUCACCCCAUACCUGAUGAGCAUUGUUUGACUGCUCCCCAACUGGAUGGGUAUUUAGAUGAUCUUUUUGAAGCGCGGGACAGGUCAUUUGAGAAAAAAACAGAUUUCUCUUUGCAGUUUAUUCAAAAGAGAAUGUUAAAUGUCAUGGAUCCUUUGUCCCAUUUAUGGGGUAAUCUUGACAAAAUCAGACACAGGGAGGCUUCACCUGAUUUAGACAUUUAUGAACUUCUUGACAUUGUAGAAAAGUCAGUCUGCCUUGUGGGACAAGCUAACUUGUCAAUCAAUUUCCACAGGCGGCUUUCAAUUUUAUCCAAACUGGUUAAGGAUCCAAAGAAAGCCAAAAAGUUGCUUUACAAGUAUGAGGGUACCUUUGCCGAUGCUAAAGGGAAGCUCUUCGGAGACCCCUUUUACAACACGCUACUCGCCGAGGUGAAGCGUAAGCAAAAGGCCAGGGAUAUUCUUGGUGGGCGGCAUUCGGCUCCUAAGAAAAGAUUAAUUUCUUUAGAAACCAGCCUUUCUCGCAGCAGCCCUUUCAUGGAGAGCCCUCAGGUGAACCAGGUUGUACUGGACAAGGAGAUUGGGAACAUGAUGAUGAAAGGGGCGAUAGAAGAGAUUCUUCCGGGUGUGAAUCUGGAGGAUUCUCAAUCUCAGUUUUUGAGUCCCAUGUUCGUAGUUCCCAAAAAAGACGGGGGUCAGAGACCAAUACUCAAUAUGAAAAAACUGAAUGCUUUCAUUCCAUACAAUCAUUUCAAGAUGGAAAGCCUUUCACUCCUGAAGGAUGUCAUUCAGGAAAACGCUUAUAUGUGCAAACUGGACCUGAAGGAUGCAUACUUCAGCAUCCCAAUUGCCAGGCACCAGAGGAAAUUCCUCCGCUUUCAAUGGAAAGGGCGAUUGUUUCAGUUUCUCUGCCUUCCAUUUGGCCUAGCGCCAGCUCCACGGACGUUCACCAAAUUGCUGAAACCUGUGGUAAGCAUUGCACGCAGAGCAGGUAUUCGGUUGAUCAUAUACCUAGACGAUAUGAUUCUCUUUGCCCACAGCCCAGAGAGUCUAGUUCGUUGCCGAGAGAGUCUCUUGUAUCUUUUGAAGAACCUAGGUUUCAUUAUCAACAAAGAGAAAUCAGUUCUUGUUCCGUGUCAGAACCUCAACUUCCUGGGUUUCGAGAUAGAUUCUCAGUGUCUCACUCUAACACUUCCCCAGAAGAAAGUGACAGACAUCCUUCAAAGAUGUCACAGGAUACUGAAGCUACCAGUGGUAAAGAUUCGAACACUGGCCACUUUGUUGGGAAAGCUUUCAGCAUCCAUGAGAGCUAUUGUUCCAGCCCAGUUACACUGCCGGUUCCUACAAAUGCAAUCAUCACGGGAACUAUUGGAACACCAGAGCUACGAACACAGGAUCAAACUUUCCAGGAAGUGUGUGCAAGAAAUUCACUGGUGGGUAGACAAUCUGUCGACCUUCAACGGCAAACCCAUUUCAGCAAUCCACCCAGAUCUGAUAUUACAAACAGAUGCUACCAAUCUGGGAUGGGGGGCAGUUUGCAAUCAAGACCGGACUGGAGGUCGGUGGAGUCUGGAGGAGAGCAAAUUCCAUAUCAAUGCUCUCGAACUGAAAGCAGUUCUACUGGCUCUUCAGUGUUUCUGCAAAAGUCAGUCAGGCAUGUCCCUUCUGGUCCAGGUAGACAACCGCACAGCAGUCUCUUAUGUGAAUCGUCAGGGGGGGACAAAGUCUCAUGUUCUAGACACAAUAGCCAAAGAAAUAUGGGACUUCUGUCUCCAGAGAAAGAUAACUCUGGAAGCACAGUAUCUACCGGGCAAGGAGAACAUCAUUGCAGACUGGGAGAGUCGCCAUUUUGCAGAUUCGAGCGAAUGGCUCUUGAAUCGCAAGGUGUUCAACCAGUGCAAUCAGAGACUUGGCCCUCACUUGAUAGAUCUUUUUGCAUCCCGCCUAUCACAUCAACUGGAGAAGUAUGUCAGUUGGAGACCAGAUCCCCAGGCAACUUACAUAGAUGCAUUUCGGUUGGAAUGGAAGGGGGCGAGAGGUUAUGCCUUUCCCCCGUUCUCCAUGAUCGGGAGAUGUCUGUGGAAAGUAAGGAGGGAGAGGGCAGAACUGACCUUGAUAACUCCAGUGUGGCAGGGCCAGGCGUGGUACCCUGUCCUGUUGGAGAUGUCAGUGGAGUGUCCAAUACUUCUACCAGUGUGGGCCGACUUGCUGGAAUCACCACAAGGUCAAACACACCCUCUGGUAGCACUGCUAUUAGCGGCCUGGAGGGUUUCAGGAAUCUGGUCACUUCAGGAGGCAUUUCGCAAAAAACUGCCGAGCUUUUGUCACACCAGUGGAGACCAGGGACGCAAGGAGCUUAUAAUUCCUCCUGGAAGAGGUGGUCUUGCUGGUGUGUGGAACGGCAAAUCAAUCCCUUUUCUGCCUCUUUGGAACAUAUCCUAG